CGUGCGGUUGUGGCUUAUAAAACUCCAUAUUUUUCAAAACGAAGAACAGUUUUCAGAAUCGAAAUCGGAAAAUGUGUGAGACUCGGGUGCGUGGCUGCUGGGAAAAGGAAAUCUGACGGAAAACUGUGCCAUCAAGUUAGUCACUUAGCGAAUUGGCACAGGUACCAUUAUGAUUGUUAUAUAAAAGUCCAUUUGCCACAAUCGGAACCGACCCAUUUGCAAGCGACCCCGAAACUCGUUCGCCUAUCAAGGACACCGAUCUCUUUCACUCGAGAAGCUCUUUGGUCUUCGGUUGUGAGUCACCCAGACUGAGACAAGCCCAUAAAAAGCGGCGUCUUCUAGUAAAAGUGGAGCAGCAAUAAUAGGAAGCGCAAGAAGAAAACGGCAGAAGCCAGCUUAAAAGUGAAUAGGAAAUUGUCAUGCUUUCAUUGCCAACAAAAGUGUCAUCGAGUGCUUAAAAGUCUGGAGUGAAGUGCGAAUUGGGAACUCAUAAGAUAACUUUUAAGAUGCAACUGGUGCUGUGUUUGUGCCUGCUCCUCCUGCUCCUCUGCCACCUGAGCUCCAGCCAGGCUAAUAUCCUGAACACUCUGCUGGGUGUUCCCGCGGAGUGUGUCCACCAGAGCGGCGUGUUCCCCUGCAAGCUGAGCUUCUCCUGCUGGCUGCAAGGCGGCAAGCACGCCAAGGGCUGUGGCAGCAACAAGUGGCUCUUCAGCUGCUGCAUCGCCGAGCCGCAGCACCACCACCAGCAGCACCACCCGCCCACCUCCCCGCUGGCGAACCUCGUGGACUACGGCAAGCUGAAGCUGGGACUCACCAGCCUGCCCAAGCGCAUCAUGCUGCGCAGGCGCGACGACAACGAGCUCCUCAACCUCAAGCCCGAAUGUGGGUUACCUCGGACGGCGCAGAACACUCUGCAGAAGCGGAUAAUCGGCGGUCGACCGGCGCAGUUCGCGGAGUAUCCGUGGCAGGCGCACAUCCGCAUCGCGGAGUACCAGUGCGGCGGGGUGCUGAUCUCGGCGAACAUGGUGGCCACCGCGGCGCACUGCAUCCAGCAGGCGCAGCUGGCGGACAUCACCGUGUACCUGGGCGAACUGGACACCCAGGAUCUGGGGCACAUCCACGAACCGCUGCCCGUGGAGAAGCACAGCGUGCUGCAGAAGAUCAUCCAUCCGCGCUUCAACUUCCGCAUGACCCAGCCGGAUAGGUACGACCUGGCCCUGCUCAAGUUGGCCCAGCCCACCGCCUUCACGGAGCACAUCCUGCCCAUCUGCCUGCCGCAGUACCCCAUUCGCCUGAUUGGCAGGAAGGGACUCAUCGCCGGUUGGGGCAAGACGGAGGCGCACAUGGGCCACGCGGGCACCAACAUGCUCCAGGUGGCCAGUGUUCCCAUCAUAACCACCUUGGACUGCGUUCGCUGGCACGAGAGCAAGCAGAUCAACGUGGAGAUCAAGGCGGAGAUGUUCUGCGCCGGCCACUCCGAUGGCCACAUGGAUGCCUGUUUGGGAGAUUCAGGAGGUCCGCUGGUGAUAAAGGAGCGCGGACGCUUUGUGCUCGUGGGAAUAACCAGUGCAGGAUUUGGCUGCGGAGUGGAUCAUCAGCCAGGCAUCUACCACAACGUUCAGAAGACUGUGAGGUGGAUCCAGGAGGUGGUGACGCGCAACGAGUUGUAGGUGCAGGAGGCCCUUGACCCGGCAACAUGGACCCUGAAAAUCCCCUCCGAACCUUUGGCAAUGCAAUGCAACCCAUCUCAUUAGUUUACGGCCCGUAGCAUUAGGCAAUGGAAACGUGCAAUCCGC